UUUCUGAUGAACAAAAAGGCAUUUCUCCCGUUCUCUGUUGCCGUUCUUGCCGGCAGCAAGUUUAAAACGCAAGUGGCAGCCGAGGGCAUCGAACGUUCAUUUUUAUUGAAUUUACUUAUACGAGUGUAAAAAAUUAUUAUUGGUUGGAUCAAUCGUUUUUUAAGCUCUACAAGUAUGUGACGAGUUGAAGAAUUCACGGUUUCGCCGAGCACUUUGAAAAUAUAUAAAAACGCUGCAUGCUUCUUCUUCAAUUCUUCGAAAAUCAAGAUUCUGAGUGACCUUGCGGCGUGUUUACGUUUCUGACGGGUUUUUGUUAGCUAUGGAAAUAUAGUUAAAGUUAAUUGAAAAAUAAGAGCAAACAUGGAUCUAUUAGACUUAUUUCAAUCGAAGAAGCCCGUUGAAAGGGUGAAUGUUUCUCAACAUCGAAUUUUCUAUGUACCAGACGAGUCUUCAGAUGCAAGAUCAGAAGCAUCAUUUCACAUGGGACAACUCCUAUCAAGGGGAGUUGACUAUUCAAAGAAAUAUAUUGAUGAAGAGAAUGAAAAAGCUCUUCAGACAGCAAGGAUAUCAAACACACAUCAAGAUGGAAACAAAUUCGAUGAAAUGUCCGUAGGAACAGUUCCUACUCAUAUGACUGAUGCUGACAUUGAAGAAAAAGCAAAGGUUUACAAUAUGUUUGACUUUGAGUAUCGACCAAAAGAGGAACUUCCCAUUGUACAGAACAAAAGUGAAAUUACGUCGAUGAUAGAAACACAUUCAAUAACAAUAAUUGAAGGUGUAACUGGAUGUGGUAAAUCAACACAAGUACCUCAGUUCAUUCUUGACAGCUGUUACAAAGAGAGGAAACACUGUAACAUCAUUGUUACUCAACCCAGAAGAAUAGCAGCACUGAGCAUUGCAGACAGAGUCAGCAAAGAAAGAGGCUGGCAUUUGGGAACACUUGUUGGUGUUCAAGUGGGAAUGUACAAAAGAAUUUCAGAAGACACUAGAUUGACCUAUUGCACUACUGGUGUUCUUUUAAGAAAACUCAUCACAGCUAAAAAUAUGCUUGAGUACACGCACGUUAUUCUUGAUGAGGUUCACGAACGUGACCAAGAAAUGGACUUUCUUCUAUUGAUCAUUAGGAAGCUACUCAGGACUAAUUCUCGACAAGUCAAAGUUAUCCUUAUGUCUGCUACUUUUGAUGUUUCAAAAUUUGCAGAAUAUUUUUCAGUACCCACUGAAACAGGCUUUGUGGCCGCACCUAUCGUCACUAUUCCGAAAAAGCGAAAUUACAAAGUACAUACUCAUUAUCUAUGCCAGUUAACAGCACUUGGAACGUUGCCAGAAAUUUCAUUGGUUGAACCAAAAGUCUCAGAAAAAAUGAUGAAAUUUUGCAUAAAGCUAAUCAAUGUCUUUGAUGAUAUUGACAGUAACAGUGAAUAUGAUCCAGAAGAUCUUGCUGAGUUUGGUGGAGAAAAACCACGCUAUGCCACAUUGGUAUUUUUGCCAGGCAUAUGGGAGAUCGAAGAGAUGCAUGACCUCAUGAUUCAAGAUAGCCAGUCAUCAAAAUGGGAUAUCGUCAUUUUGCACUCCAGCAUUACCAGUGAAGAACAAAAUAAAAUAUUUUUAGCUCCACCAAAGGGAUGCCGCCGCAUUAUAUUAUCGACAAAUAUUGCUGAGAGCAGUAUCACAAUUAAUAAUAUCAAAUAUGUAAUUGACUUCUGCUUGACAAAGCAGUUAGUGACUGAUCCUGGUACCAAUUUCCAGUGCUUAGAAUUAACUUGGGCAAGUAAAGCUAAUUGUGAACAGCGUGCUGGUCGCACUGGACGUGUCAUGGAUGGUCGAGUCUAUCGACUAAUACCAAAAUCAUGUUACCAGCACUUGCCAUCUGAAGGAGAUCCAGAAAUCGUUCGAGCUCCUCUGGAGAAUUUAGUUCUUCAAACAAAACUUCUUGAUAUGGGAGAACCUAAAGCUGUACUCGCUCUAGCUAUAGAUCCACCGGACUUGACUAAUCUAGAGCGCACAGUCUUACUUCUAAAGGAAUCAGGUGGUCUGCUUGAUAAGCCAAAUAUGUUCAACCGUUUCGAUGGUGAACUGACAGAUCUUGGUCGCAUCAUGGCUGCUUUACCCAUGGACACCCACUUGGCCAAACUUAUAGCAUUAGGUCACGCAUUUGGCGUACUGCGCGACACCAUUGUAAUGGCCGCAGCUAUGGCUGUAAAACCAAUGUUCAGCAAUCCUUUUCAGAAGCGUAUGGAAGCUUACUAUGCCAAGGUGCACUGGGCCGACGGCUCCACCAGUGACUGCCUCACAUUUCUUAAUGCAUUCAAAGUGUGGCAGCGGAAUAUUGCGUCAAACUACAUAAAAAAAAAACACCACACUGAGCGCACCUGGGCCAAAACUAACUUUUUGCAAGUCAGGGUUCUUCAUGAGGUCGACUAUUUAGUGCAUGAACUAACUAUGAGGCUCGAAAGACUGGGUAUUAAGGAAACCGAGGGCACGAACAAAGUUGUCACAGACGAGGUGGACCGCAGUUUCGUGCUCAAGAUCGUCAUUGCUGGAGCUUUUUACCCCAACUAUUUUAUAAGGAAUCAAACUUCUGGAAUAAAUAUAGAUGAGACGCAAGGCACCAAAGCACUUGGGGGUCUCGAUCCUACACGAACAGUUUUCCUGCAAGGCUGGAACCCCGAACAACCCGGUAAAUUGUACGCCAAGCGUAUACAGGAGAUUUUUAAAGAUGUGGUGCCGGCGCACGAUCAGACGGUCGUUGAGUUCGAUGGAUCUCAUCGAAUCUAUCUUAUGUUUAACGAUGACAAGGCAUACCACAAGAAAAAGGAAAAAGUUGCGAAAAUUCCUGGAAAAGUGUCGCUGUCCGUUUACAAAGCUUUAAAGUUAAGGAAGCUAAGGACCCAAUUUGAGCUUAACGUUAUGGAUUUGAGAUCGGCUAAGCAAUUAGCGGAAGAGCUCAAGCUGACAACGAAUACCAGUGCCAUAUUUUACAGUAAAGAUAACUUCGUAAGGAUAAAAGAGUUUUUGCCGACAACGCUUCCACUCCUACCUUCCUUGGCGGACUUUUUGAUCCCCAUAAAGAUAAUUCACUCUGAAAAUCCAAAUAAAUUUUGGGCACGAAUGAAUGAGGACGACACGUGGAUGAAAUUGAGCAUGAUAGAUACUUUCUUGAACGACUCUAAAAACAUAACUCUUCGACCCUUUGAAUACAAUCCGAAAAUUGGAUCUCUUGUAGCAGCUAAAUGGAACAACAAGAUGUACCGUGCCACCAUCGAAGGCUACUACAAAAUUAAAGGCCAAGAUGUUGCGAACGUUUUUUACAUCGAUUUUGGUAGCAAAGAAAGCGUUCCAGUAUCUGAUCUAAGAACUAUCAAGACUGAUCACGAUGUUUACAAUAUCAGAGCUUUGGCUUUUGAAUGUACCUUAACGGGCAUUGAACCUUCAACAAGACAAGAUGCUCGAGGCUUGUGGUCUGAAAAAGCAGGAGAAACAUUCGAAGAGUAUACAAGUGCACCGUACAAAGUUGUUGGCCAAGUUUAUUCUGUUGUCGACGGUGUUGUCUCAUUACAAUUAAUAUGUACAAAUACUCAGAUCCCACAAGAGUCGGUCAACUUAAACGAUUUAUUAAUAAAAGAAGGUUUAGCUGAUUCUGUUGAAGAGCAUUACUUAUCUAACUACAAUCACAAGCUCAGAGAGUCAGCAAACGACUAUUUAGAAGAACACCGGGAGUAUCUCGAAUAUUUGCAGUAUGAUAAGACAUUUUUGACCAGAUCUUAUCCAGAUCCUCCGCCAGUUACGGAUUGCCGAUCGCUGGUUUAUUUGAAGGGCCCUUUUUCGCCCUUGGAAAUUAAUUUGUCGAGUCUCGCCACAGUUACGGCUACGAAGAAAGUUAACAUAGACAAUCUCUCUGUAAAUUCAAUUUUAGUAGAUACUGACCCAGAUGACCCGCAUGACCGUCUUCUAGUCGCUUCUGUAGUUAGUCAAAAUACAUCUGGAACUUAUUUGACGCUACGCAAUACCACGCUAAUGCCAAACAUUGCUGGUUUGACUGCUCUUAUUUGUUUGAUCUUUUCACCAAAGAUCGAACUUAGAAGAACCUCAUCUGGUUCUCGCUACAUUGGUGCUUUGUGUGGACUUGGAUAUAAUCCUAGAAAUUGCGCAGCUUUGUUGCCUGAGCAUGAUAUGGAAGUAUAUUUUGAUACAGAAAUCAGUAUUGAAGACAUGCAAAAUAUCAACAGGCUGCGUCACUGGAUGAAUAUGGGAAUUUGUGUGAAAGGUAGCGAACCUGAUGAAAACGCCAGUGAAGACGCUAUUAAGUGCCAAAGAAAAGUGAUCGAAUUCUUAAAAAAGUUGACAAACCGACCUGUUAAAGAUCAAAAACCAGAGAAGAUUUUAAACUUCAGCAGAUGGUGUCUAUACAAUGAUGCCUUAUUUUUACAUCCAACAAAAGCAGUUAUAAAAGAAGACAGCGUGUUUCCCUUACAUUGCGCACUUCAAUUGGAAGAGUGCGACGAAAAUUCUGAGAAAAUGGCUGUGCAUUGUCAAGAGUUACGUUCACUAGCAAUUUCUGAUCCAAGGAUACCAGAAAAUGUCACUCUACACUGUCAAUUAUGCGAUAAAGAAGUUUACAGUCGGGAAGAGCUAAGACUCCAUUUGUUCAUGAAUGAGCACAAAGAUAGAGAAAAGAGUUUAGGUAUUCAAGUAUCGAGGUAUUAUUAGAAUUACUUAGACUUGUUAAAAUGUUCCAAAGUUCUUUUUUACAUUAAAUAUUAUUAGUAUCAAGGUAGACUUCGAAAAAACCAAAGCGUUUAUUUUAGUUACUAUAACUAAUCUAAGUUUUGUUUGAAUUCAUGCAAUCAAAGCGUUGGUGAUUAUAAAAAAAAGCCUUUGAUUGUAAAAAAAUCAUUCAUUUUUCAUUCUCCAUUGUUAAACUGUGUACAAACGAAAUAAAGUCUUUAAAAAGUCA